GGAGACCAUUCCGGAAAUUGCCGAAGCUGUUGUUCUAAGACCAAAGAUGGCAGACCUUAUCGUUAAGUUAGCAGCAGACGGCAUCCAGAAAAAGAUUCUUAAUGCAGGCAAACAACCGCUGCCGGCGUUUAUCGAAGGAACCAAGGUUAUUUUUCACUAUAAGACCACAUUGCCUAGUGAAGAUGCCACUGUUAUUGAUGACAGCAGAAAAAGGACCAAGCCCAUGGAGCUUAUCAUUGGCAAGAAGUUCAAGCUACCUGUGUGGGAGACGAUCCUGGUGACCAUGUGUGAGGGAGAAAUUGCAGAAUUCCUUUGCGACACUAAGCACACAGUCCUCUACCCAAUGGUGUCCAAGAGUCUCCGAAAUAUCGCUGCUGGUAAAGAUCCACUAGAAGGGCUUCGUCACUGCUGUGGCAUGGCACAGAUGCAUGACCAUCAUUUACUUGGACAUCCGGACCUUGAUGAUUUGCACAAUAGCCCACGGCCUCUCAUCUUUACUAUUGAAGUACUUCAGAUCCAAGUGCCUGGCUCCUACAGGCAGGAAGCUUGGGCAAUGACUGACGAGGAGAAGCUGGCAGCGGUCCCCGAAAUUCACGAGGAGGGCAACAGGCAGUUCAAGGAGGGUGAUAUUAAAGGAGCUGCUGAAAAGUAUCACGAUGCCAUUGCCUGCCUUAAGAACCUGCAGCUGAAGGAGAAGCCUGGUCACGAGAAUUGGAUUAAAUUGGACCUGAUGAUCACACCUCUACUAUUAAACUUUUGCCAGUGUAAACUUAUCCAGGGGGAAUACUAUGUGGUGUUGGAUCACUGCUCUUCUAUACUCUACAAAUAUGAAGACAAUGUGAAGGCGUAUUUCAAGCGUGGAAAAGCCCACGCGGCAGUCUGGAAUAUGAAGGAGGCCAGCGAUGACUUUGCCAAGGUGUUGCAGCUCGACCCUUCCCUUGGUCCUGCUGUGAAAAAGGAGCUGCGAGAUAUGGAGAAGAGAGUGCGGGAGAAGGAGAUCGAAGAUAAAAAACGAUUUAAAGGCCUCUUCCAGUGAACGGGGAUGGCCCUUGCGGACACCAUGGGGUCAGGGGAAGGCGUCACAUGUUUACUGGCUUAUCGCCCAGCUGGCCGGUCUGUGAUCACCUUUUUCUUUUCCAUGUCCUUGUGAAUGUGUUGGGCUCUCAGCAGCCUUAUCUCUGUCUUGUAUGUUUGUUUUGUAUUUAUGGCAGUACAAUCACUUCUUCACUGCUUUUAUUCUUGUGCUUACUUCAACUCUGUAUAUAUUCCUUUAUAUAUAUAUAUAUAUAUAUGUAUAUAAAUAUAUCAUGCACAGUGUGCAUCCCAGUCCCUUGUUUUCACAUCCUUUUUAUUCUAGUCUGAUCCAUAUUUGGAUAGUGACACACUUAAAUCAGACGCCAAUUUUAUCUCGUAACUGAACUCCCUUUGUUUUUCAGUCCUUUCUUUCCCGGUAGGUGGCUUUAACACAGCAGGUUCCAUUUUUAGGCAUUAAGGUUGUGUCAAUUUCUAACCCACUUAAUCCAGACAAGGACCACGGGUUGGGGAGGCUGAAGUCUAUCCCAGCAACCGUAAGAUGCAAGGCAGGAAGAAGUCCCGGACAGGGCACCAGUCCAUCGCACCACCCAAACACACACUAGGGCUAAUUUGGAAUUAGUGGAAUUUCAGUCUAUACUCCAUACUUUUUAAAGGAAAAGCUCUUCUGAGCCUGUAACUGACAUACUUGCGUAAUAAAGUCGAUGUUAAGUUCUUCUAGUUGUUGGGUAUGUCAGAUUUGCCCACCACAGUUGCUGGUUUCAUCACCGGGCCAUGUCAAUUUAAAGGUCUGAAAAUCGCUGUCCUCAUUUAUAUUUACUGACUGAGAGCUGACCUUCCAGCACGGUCGCGCUCACUGCUUUUUUGUGACAGCCAAUAGUGUCCUGCAUGUUGGAGCCCAUGCUGUAUGAAAAGGUUAACAUGUACAGGGAGACCAAUCGUAGUCUUAGCCAUUUUUUAUUCUUUUUUUCUGUUCUGUUACGUAUAACAUAUUAGGCAGAAGAGCUUCUGUUUGGUUAGUGAGGUCCAAAAUACCCACGUUCCUUGUUCCAUGUUGCUACGUUAUAUGAAUUGUACCUACAGCUAAAGACAAAAUCAAACCUUUUUGAUUUUUAUCAGAGUGAUCUUGUGAACUAGUUGGGGGAUGAGCCAUCGGGCAUGUCACAUUAGGCGACUGCCUACAGUCCACCAAGAUUGUUUUUAAAAUGAAGGCUAUGGCCAAAGAGCACUAGAAAAGUCAUGUGACAUGGCCAAGAGGCUUCUUGGUCCACUAAUUCCAUGUCGGCGUCAGCAGCCCCAGCAGUAAUCCCCGUCAGUUCCAUCGAUUGUCUGACAUUUUUUUUUUUUGUUCUAAAAACCUUUACAUCAUGCAGUAAAUUCUUUAUGCUAGCCCCACAUUACAGGAUAUGUGCCACAAUUUUGGGUCAGUUCAAUGCUUCUAGCAAUCACAAAAAGUGUCCUCUUCCCAGAUUAUUGUACGAUGUGAUGCACAGAUUAAUGUUAACUUCCUGGAUGUACUCGACAAGCCUUUGGGAGCCGUCCCUCAUAUUUAAAUUGUAAUUAUUAUUAUUAAACAAUUCCAAUAUUAA